CCGGCCGCCAUCUUGCAGCGGGCGCCGUCCCGCCGGUAGCGGGGCGCGGCCCGGCCGGCCCGGCCAUGGAGCCGAGCGGGGGGCGGAAGGAGCGGCCGAAGGGCCGGGAGCCGGCGGCGCGCCUGGAGAAGGCCAAGCAGAGGUCGGCCCAGCAGGAGCUGAAGCAGCGGCAGCGCGCGGAGAUCUACGCGCUGAACCGCGUGAUGACGGAACUGGAGCAGCGGCAGUUCGACGCCUUCUGCAAGCAGAUGCAGGCCGGCGGGGAGUGAGGGCCGGGCCGGGCCUGGCGCCGUCGCAGGGCAGGCAGCACGGCGGCACGGAGCAGCACGGAGCGGCCCGGCCCAGCCCAGCCCAGCCCUAGCUCGCUAUUUACGCCCUGAAAACGCCUCUUUGUUGUUAUUUUCUGCUUUUUUUAAAUCUUUAUUCUAAAUAAAAGCAGCGGUGGUUCCUCCUU